GAAUCUUUGUGAGUUUUUUUGUCAACGAAGUCUUAGGAACAGGCACAAGUAUGCGCAGAACCAUAAUAAAAACAACCACCUAAACAACGGAUGUUUGGAAGCAGAUUCGAAUUUCCUCUAUAAUCACUCUUGGAUACCUCAACGAUGUCAGAAGAGGAGGCGGUGACGCCAGAGGAACUUGCAGAAUUUAAGGAGGCAUUUUCAAUGUUCGACAAGAAUGGGGACGGUGCCAUAACGCGAGAAGAGCUUGGUAUAGUCAUGCGAUCACUGGGAAUGAAUCCAACAGAAGCUGAACUUAAAGACAUGAUUAGUGACGUGGACGAAAACGGCAAUGGAACUAUUGAGUUCAACGAGUUCAUUGAGAUGAUGAUUCGAAAGAAGCAGGAACUUGAUCCUGAAGAGGAAUUACGCGAAGCCUUUAAAGUAUUCGACAGGGACGGUAAUGGGUUAAUCAGCGCAGCAGAGUUACGUUACGUUAUGGUCAAUCUAGGAGAGAAAUUAACUGACGGUGAAGUAGAUGAAAUGAUAAGAGAAGCGGACAUUGAUGGAGAUGGUCAUGUUAAUUACGAAGAAUUCGUACACAUCAUGGCCGGUGAAAGUCUCUUCAAACGCUUGCAUUAAAAGCACCUACGUGACAUGGAUAUCUAUGCAUCGUAUGAUGAGCAACACAUGCAAUGACAAAUUCACGCGUUAUUAACAUUAUAGUAAGGGACAAAAUGUGCGUGGCAUGUCGCCAUGCGAUACAUUGUUUUGCUUAAAUGCUCCUACGGGUUGUACCUAAACAAUAUUAUUAUUAUUAUUAUUAUUAUUGACAUAUUUUGUUUGUGUCUUCAAAUCAGAGGAUGAGUACACUGGUUUAUUUCUGUGAAUCAUUUUACAGGAUGUAUUCCCAUUUUGUGACAUCCUCAAAACCUCCAAUCACUUGUUACAUUUACCAAACACUUAGAUGCCUUCGUUAUUCAAGUUAUCUCGGCGACUCUAUCUGAAUAAUGCGAAUAGGAUGUGUAGCCGAUCAUUGUGACACUAUAGCACAAGUUGAUUCCAUUUUGUUUAACAUUCGCAGUCGGGAGAGACGGUUUUAUGGAAGAGAUAACAUUGUCCAGAUUCUGGUCAAUCCAUGAAACGAAACGUGCUAUCACAUUAUUGUUGUUGAUGACAGAAAAUAAUUCAUGCAAAUUGUUCGUGGUGCCUCAUUUAACCAUGCUAUAAGCUUAUGGACGCUUUGAUUGCACACUCGAUGAUGUUGUGCCUCUUUUUUGUUUUUCAAUAUUAACAUAAUAGUUAUACAAAAACCGACAAGAAAUUAUUCAAAUCCUAUUUUAUUGGUCCAAAAUAUACUGUAGAAUUGUAAACAAUAUCUAACAUUUAUAAUGAGUAAUAAAAUGUACAUAAUACAUAUAA